CUAAAUGCAUACAGCAUGCUGAUACCAGCACAGACUGUUGAUAUUUUGUCUUCUCCUGUCUUCGUUUGGCAGAAAUCCGAGGCGGUCGCGCUCCUAAAGACUCCGGUGCGGCAGCUUCCUCUCUACGACACCCCGUACGAGCCGGAGGAGAACGGAGGAGAUCCAGACGGAGGCUUGUGUUCCCGCGAGAGCAGAUUACCGCAGGACGACGAGAGGCCGCCGGAGGAGUACGACCAGCCCUGGGAGUGGAAGAAAGACCGCAUAUCCAAAGCCUUCGCAGCACUGCUCUGUUAUGACUGCAUUAGUCGUGAGGACACGAGCAGCGGAGCGUCCAGGAGAGAUGUCCACAUCUCUAGAUCCUCCUCAGUAGAGAUUAAGGUCAUUAAGGAUCUGCCGUGGCCUCCUCCGGUCGGGCAGCUCAACACCGGUCCUCCUCUGAUGGAGGCGGUGGAGGCUCCGUCCUCUCCGGGACUCAACACCACAGCCUCGGCCUGCGACCAGCUCCAGCACGUGCAGUUUGACGGCGUGGAGAAGUCCCACAUGUCUCCCACUAAGGAGCUGAAGUGUCGUCCGCUGCAGCGGCACUCGAGCGGCUGUCUGGUCAGCACUAAGAUGAGCUCGGUGGAGCCCAGCGGGCCCAGCGUGGGCGAGCGCAUCGACCCGUCCAUGCCUCUGGAGAGCCAGUUCUGGUAUCACGGAGCCAUCAGCCGCACGGACGCCGAGGCUCUGCUGCGCUUGUGUAAAGAGGCCAGUUACCUGGUGAGGAACAGUGAGACCAGUAAGAACGACUUCUCGCUCUCGCUCAAGUAAGAAGCUCACAGUCACACACACACACACACACACACAC